UAACCGGUAAAUUGAAACCGUGUUGAUAUCGGUAAUGAAUAAAUGAUAAUAAUAAUACAAAAAUAACGAAAUCAUGACUGGAUAUUGUAAAGGUUGUUGAUUAAUAAUAACACUGAGAUAAACCCAUUGUAUAAACGACAAACAUGCCUCAAAAACAACUAAUUAAAGAACAUAUUCUUCGAAAUAAAUAUUUAAUUGAACACAAGAAAUGUCUACGUUAAAUUUAAUAAAUAUUGAUGGGGUUGCUUUAACUGAGGACUUUCUUUCCUUAAAGCGAGAACUUGAAAGUUUAGAGACACGAAAUGAAGAUGUUUGGGUUACAGCGUUUCCAAAAUCAGGUUGUACUUGGACUCAAGAAAUGGUUUGGUUACUUAAAAAUAAUUUAGAUUACGAGAAAGCUCAAGUUAUGCUGCAGAGAAGAUAUUCGUUUAUCGAUUUUGGGGCGUUUAGAAACGAGACAACAAAAUUUAUCGAAAAACAUAAAAUUCCAACCGAUUUCUCGGUAACGUCACCGGAUUACUUAAAAAUUAUUUCUGAAUCGGAAGGAGGAAGAUUUAUAAAAUCUCACUUACCAUUUGAUUUUCUUCCAACGCAAAUUAAAAACGGCACGAAAACGCCUAAAAUUAUUCACGUAAUAAGGAAUCCGAAACAAGUUGUUCCAUCGUAUUUUCAUCACGCAACGAAAGUUUUUCCAUUUUUUGUUGGGUCUUUAAACGAAUUCGUCGAUUGUUUUAUUAAUGAACAAAUUCUGUACGGAGAUUAUUUCCGAACCGUUUUAAGUUAUUGGAACGAAAAGCACCGUUCGAAUUUAUUAAUCAUAACUUACGAAGAAAUGCAUUCUAAUUUGUUGGGUGUAAUAAAAAAGGUUUCAAAGUUUUUGGAUAAAACUUAUACCGAGGAGGAGUACGAGACAUUAUCUAAGCAUUUAAGUUUUGACCAAAUGAAACUAAACGUUGCGGUUAAUAUGGAAGCAAUUAUUAAAAAUAAAGAGUGUCCGUUUAUAAGAAAAGGUUCUAUUGAUAGCUAUAAGGAGGAAUUAAGCCCGGAAAUGAUUUCGAAAUUAGAUCAAUGGAUAAAUUUGAAGAUUAAAAAUACCGGGUUGUUUUACGAAAAUUAAUAAGGAAUAUAUUAAUUAUUACAUUCUCCUGAACUUAUUUUUAUGUGUGGAAAUAAAGCAUUAUGAGUAUUAUAAUAUCAAUAAAAUUUAUAAAAUAAA